CAAGGCGCUGGAUCGGCCGACUGAUUCUACUCGUUUUGAGCCAAGUAGCAGUAGCCAAGUUGCACUUGAUAGUUGAUACAUUGGGAAUGGGAUCUUUGCUAUAAAUUGCACGCAUUUCUCAAGGCUCAACGACGUUCUUCUUCCACUUCCUGCCAAAGAGGAGCUAGCACAGGGCAAGACAGACAUGUCUGCCAAGGGCGGCAAGGCCCAGGUCCAGUCGGACGCGGGGGCGUAUGUGGCGUGGUCGGGCGUCGACCAGCCGGAGCUCGCUGCAGAGGGGCUCGGGUGUGGCUUGCUCGUGCUAAGGCCGCUCUCCUUCGCGCUGCCGCACUACGCCGACUCCCACAAGUUCGGCUACGUCCUCGGAGGCUCCGGGGUCGCCGGUGUCCUCCCGGUCGCCACCGGGGACGCCUCCCCCGCGGCCAGGGAGAGGGUCGUGCGCCUCGAGGCCGGCGACGUCAUAGCCGUGCGCACUGGGGACGUCUCGUGGUGGUACAACGACAGCGACGGCGAUGCGGACGACCUCUCAAUCUUGUUCAUGGGCGACACGGAGCGCGCUGUCAACCCGGGGGACAUCUCCUACUUCUUUCUCGCCGGCGGCAACAGCGUCCUAGGCGGCUUCGACGCGGGCCUUCUCGCCAGGGCAUGGCCUGGCGUGACGAAGGAGCAGGCCACCGCCGUCUUCCGGAGCCAGCCAGCCGUCCUCCUCACCGGGCUGAGCACGAAGCUGCCCGGCGUCUGCCCGCGCGAGCACGACAGAAAAGGGCUCGUCGUGAACGCCGGACAAGUCGCUGCAGGGACCCUGGAGACGCUCGCCGCGGCGGACCUGGCGGCGCUAGGGGACCUCGGAAUCAGCACGGUGAUCGGCCGGCUCGAUCCCGGCACCGCGCGCACGCCGUGGGUGUUACGGGAGGGUGCGGCGCAGUUGGUGUACGUGGCACAAGGGAGCGCGCGCGUUCAGGUGUCUUCUUCCGCGGGCGGCGAGACGCUGCUGCUGGACGAGGAGGUCGCCGCGGGGAGUGUGUUCGUCGUACCGCGGUUCGCCGUGACGCUCAUCUCCGCCGGCGCCGACGGCGCAGAGUGGGUGUCCCUGAUCAAGAGCGUCAGGCCCGCGGUGGAGCACCUGACCGGGGAUGGCUCGAUGCUCGGCGGCCUGACCGCGCAGGUGGUGCAGGCGUCGCUGAGCGUGGCGCCGGAGUUGGUGGAGCUGCUCGGAGCCCGCAGCGCCGAGCCGUCGCACUGAGCGGUCGGUGCACGCGUUCGCGCCGCGGCGUCCGUGCACUUUCCGUGGCGUGUGUGUCCCGUAUGCUCCGUUGACGUGUACCACACGAUCUGUAUUAUACGCUGUAACGUCUCUAUACUUACUUACGUGAAUGAGCAAAAUAAUUCUAUGCAAA